GACGACCCAAUCCAUGGGACACAACAAAUCCAAUUUCAAAGUUAUUUUUUACAUGGGUUUGGGAUAUAUAUAUUAAAGGACAUAAAAAGGACCUGGAGUUUAGUGAUUUAUACAAAUGUGCGAAACGGGAUCAAUCACAUAAAGUGGUCAACAAACUGGAAGUCCAAUGGAAAAAACAAUUGUUAACAAAACGACCCAGUUUAUUCAUAGCAUUAUUACGGGCAUUCAUUUGGGAUUUUAUUCCAAUACUAUGUGUUUUCCUAUUUCAGGAACUGGUGGUCCGAAUAAGUCAACCAUUACUUUUAGGUCAAGUGGUUCGGUAUUUUCAGACCUCUAAUAACGGUGCGAUUGACUAUCAAACAGCCGCGUUAUCGGCUGCGGGUGUAGUCGCCUGUUCGGCCGUUUUUGUGACAAUCAAUCACUUGAACAUCACUUACGCCAUGAAAUUUGGUUUGAGAAUGAGAGUCGCCUGUUGUGGGCUUAUGUAUAAAAAGUCAAUGAAACUAAAUCGUACAGCACUUGGAAAGACAACUGUAGGACAGAUAUUGAAUAUGAUGUCAAAUGAUGUCAAUCGUAUCGAUGAGUUUGCAUUCUCAGCUCACGCCCUAUUUAUUGGUCCACUUCAGACAAUACUAAUACUAUACAUGUUAUGGGAACACUUGAAGUGGGCGUGUUUAGCGGGUCUAACGGUGCUCAUACUGUUUAUACCAUUUCAAGGAUUUAUGGGCAAAAGUUUUGCAACUGUUCGCCGAAAAACUGCACAUUUGACGGACAAUCGGAUCCGUAUAAUGAAUGAGAUUAUCACUGGUAUGCGCGUCAUUAAGAUGUAUACGUGGGAGAAGUCAUUUGCACAGUUGGUUGCGAUGGCCCGCAAACAGGAAAUCGUCAAAAUAAGACAUUCAAGUUUUCUCAAAGCAAUCAAUUUAUCAUUUUAUUUUGUCGCCUCAAAGAUAGUAUUAUUUACUUGUUUUGUCACUUAUGUCUAUAUUGGCGACCGAUUGACUGCCGAAGCCGUGUUUGUGACAAUGGCUUACUUUAAUACAAUGAGAAUUACAGUCACCAAACAGUUCCCGCAAGCGAUUGCAGCUACAGCUGAGUUGAUGGUAUCGUGCAAUCGGAUAGAGACUUUUCUAUUGCUCGAUGAAAUUGAUUCAAACCAACAAUUGACUGAUAGCUCGGAUGAUAUGAAAAAGACAUUUAUUAAUAGGGGUUAUGAAAAAUGUGAUAACGAUUGGGAGGAAAAAGGAGUAUAUGUCGACAAUAUGACUUCACGUUGGAAUAUAGACAUCAUUGAGCCAACACUUCAUGACAUAACUGUUUCACUUAAAUCAGGAGAACUUUUAGCAGUGAUUGGAUCGGUAGGCAGUGGAAAGAGUUCAUUUUUGAUGUCACUAUUGAAUGAGUUGUCUAUAAAGUGGGGAUCAGUCAAAGUAGUCGGACAGUUAUCGUAUGCACCGCAGGAGUCGUGGGCUUUUAUGGCCAGUAUUAGGGAAAACAUAUUAUUUGGAUCAGACUUUGAUGAACACAAAUACAAACAAGUGGUUCACGUUUGCGCUUUGGAAAGGGAUUUCAAACUCUUUCCUUUUGGCGACAAAACUCUUGUCGGUGAACGCGGAGUAUCGCUAAGUGGAGGCCAAAAGGCCCGCAUAACUCUGGCCCGUGCUUUGUAUCAUUCGGCAGAUAUUUACUUAUUGGACGAUCCAUUGUCAGCAGUGGACUCAUCGGUUGCCAAACAUAUCUUUCAAAAAUGUAUUGUCGACUAUUUGAAAGACAAGGCACGUGUGUUGGUUACACAUCAGAUACAGUUCCUUAAAGAUGCCCACAAAAUAUUAAUACUAAAAGAUGGCAAAUGUGUGGCUCUGGGCUCUUAUGAGGAACUGUCGAAAGCGGGCAUUAAUUUUAUGUCAUUCGUAAAGGAAACUGAAACCAAAAAAUGCUCGAAAAAUAGCGAUAAAAACGAUCAAAACAUUGCGUUAAGACAUUUGAAUCGUACGAUAUCUAUAACGCCGUCAAUUGUCAGCAGUAUUGGUGGACAGUCUGAUGUAGACAUCAAUGACGGAGACAUUAAAUCAUUAGACGUUGAUUUCGUUGAAGAAUUGGAAGACCAAAAAGUCAAAGAAGAGACCAAAGAGAUCGGUUCCAUAGACUCGAGUGUUUAUUGGGAAUACUUUAAGGCCGGCGCCGGACCUAUACUUAUGACAAUAUGUUUGUCAACUAUAAUCAUAUCACAGACUCUCUAUCAGGGAAGUGACUUUUGGCUGACACAAUGGACUAAUGAUGUGGACAGAGAUCAAGUGGACUCAAACCAAACUUUUAAUGUAAUAAUAUAUUCAGCAAUAAUUGUCGGUCUGUUUUUGUCUGCAAUGGCCAGAAGUACGUCAUUCUUCACAAUGUGUAUGCGAUCGUCGGUCACACUUCACAAUCGUAUCUUUUAUUCCUUACUCAGAGCACCCAUACAUGUGUUUGAUAGCUCACCAGUCGGCCGAAUUCUCAACAGAUUUACAAAAGACACCGGUAUUGUUGAUGAGGCCCUACCGUCCACAGCAUAUGACCUACAAAUGACUAUAUCUAAUGCAAUCGGUAUAUUAGUGGUCAAUGUAAUACUCAAUUGGUUUCUCAUAUUUCCGGCAAUAUUUCUAGUAAUAGUAGUGUUUAUGUGUCGAUACUUUUAUAUACGUUCCGCGCGUGAUAUUAAACGAUUGGAGGGUUUAUCCCGGAGUCCGAUGUAUUCACACGUAAGCACAACAUUGACGGGACUGUCGACUGUCCGGGCGUUUGGAACUCAGCAGAUGUUUGUCCGUCAGUUCGAGCGCUUCCAGAAUGACAACAGUUCCACAUUCUUCAUGUUUGUCUGCACUUCGCGUGGUUUCGGAAUACUUAUGGAUUGGAUUUGCAUUAUAUAUAUUAGUUCAGUGGUGGCACUGGUAAUGACAUAUCCAGACAAGAUGCCGGGAGGCAAUGCUGGUCUGGCCCUAUCACAGGCACUAAUGUUGACGGGAAUGACUCAAUGGGGUGUUCGCUGUUCAGCAGAUUUAGAGUCUUAUAUGACAUCUGUCGAGCGUAUGCUUGAAUACUCACGUAUUGAACCCGAAGCUGAACUCAAAUCGGCGCCCGAAGUCAAACCAGUGAGCGGUUGGCCACAAACGGGUGAAAUCUAUUUUGAUAAUAUGAGUCUUCAGUAUAAUGAGUCACCCAAACCAGUGCUCCGGUAUAUUAAUUGUCAUAUUAAAGGUGGAGAAAAGGUCGGUAUUGUUGGCCGUACGGGUGCCGGAAAAUCAUCGGUUAUCGCAGCGCUGUUCCGUAUGACUGAGCCAACCGGUCAGAUAAUUAUUGAUGGAAUAGACACCAAAUCGUUGGGUUUGCAUGACUUGAGACAAGUCAUAUCAAUCAUACCUCAAGAUCCGGUCAUUUUUACCGGUUCUGUCCGUAAAAAUUUGGAUCCUUUUGGAGAACACGACGACGACAAACUGUGGACAACUCUUGAAGAGGUACAACUCAAGAGUUAUGUCCAACAAUUGCCCGGACUAUUGGACGGCAUGGUUACCGAAGGAGGCGGUAAUUUCAGUGUCGGUCAGCGACAACUUGUAUGUCUGGCCAGAGCUAUACUGCGGGACAAUCGGAUAUUGGUGUUGGACGAGGCGACUGCCAAUGUUGACCAUAAAACUGAUUAUUUAAUACAAAAUACAAUACGAAAAAAGUUUAACGAUUGCACUGUUAUUACAAUAGCUCAUCGGUUGAACACUAUUAUAGACUCCGACAAAAUCAUUGUAUUAGACGCGGGAGAGAUAGUAGAGUGCGGAUCACCGCAUAAAUUGUUGGCCAAUAGUGACGGACUAUUCAAUAAAUUGGUGACACAAACGGGAAAACAUAUGUCCGUCCGAUUGAAACAAAUGGCAAAAGAAAGCUAUGAAUUAAAAUCUAAUAAUAUUUUAUAG